AUGGAGCCCCGCCGUCUCCGCUUCCCUCUGCUCCUCCUCGUCGCCGUCGUCCUCGCGUGCCGCCGCUGCGGCGCGCAGGACGCCCCCAACGCCACCGUCCCGGCGCAGUUCGCAUGCAUGGUGCCCACGCCGUGCGACACGUACGUCGUGUACCGGACGCAGUCGCCGGGGUUCCUCAACCUCAGCGUCAUCUCCGACCUAUUCGGCGUGAGCCGCGCGAUGAUCGUCAGCGCCAACAACCUGACCACCGAGGACGGGGUGCUGCUGCCGGGCCAGCCGCUGCUCCUGCCCGUCAAACGGGGUGCUCAAACACAUCCGGCGAUACCGAUGCUGAUCCCGGUGUCACAGCGGCCGCAGCUUCCGCCCCUGCAGUAUAGUGCUAGUACCAGAGAUUCUGGUGCUGGCAAGCGCAGCCCUGACGGCGUCACCAUCGCAGUCACCGUCGCGGUGUCUUUCGUCGCGUUCGCCGCCUUGUGCGUGGCGGUUUUCACGUACCGAAGGUACCGUCGUCGCGACAAGGCCACGGUGCACCUGGGAAACAGGUUCGCCGCGAACCCGAGGCUUUGUUGGAACCAGAAAGACUUUCACAGCAGCAGCGCCAUAGCUCGCAUGAUCAACAAUGGAGGCGACAAGCUGCUCACCAGCGUGUCCCAGUUCAUCGACAAGCCUAUCAUCUUCGGCACCGAGGAGAUCAUGGAGGCGACGAUGAACCUCGACGAACGGUGCAGGCUCGGCACCUCCUACUACCGCGCGAAGCUCGACGGGGAGGUGUUCGCGGUGAAGCCGGCGAAGGGCGACGUCUCGGCGGAGAUGCGGAUGACCCAGAUGGUUAACCACGCCAGCCUAAUCAAGCUGGCCGGCAUAUCCAUGGGCGCGGACGGGGAGUACACCUUCCUCGUCUACGAGUUCGCCGAGAAGGGGUCGCUCGACAAGUGGCUGUACCAGAAGCCUCCGUCCUCGCUGUCGAUGCCGUCGUCGUCGAGCGAUCGCCCCGUGGAUACUCUCCUGUGGAACCAGAGGCUGGGCAUCGCGUUCGACGUCGCCAACGGGCUGCUCUACAUGCACGAGCACACGCAGCCGAGCAUGGUGCACGGCGACGUCCGCGCACGGAACAUCCUCCUCACCGCGGACUUCAGGGCCAAGAUAUCCAACUUCUCCGUGGCCACGCCGGCGACGCUGGACGCCGCGGCGACGAGCAGCGACGUGUUCGCCUUCGGCCUGCUGAUCCUGGAGCUUCUCUCCGGCAGGAGGGCCAUGGAGGCGCGCGUCGGCGCGGAGAUCGGCAUGCUGUGGCGGGACAUCCGCGCGGUGCUGGAAGCCGGCGACAAGAGGGACGCGAAGCUGAGGAAGUGGAUGGACCCGACCCUUGGCGGCGUGUACCACCUGGACGCGGCGCUCAGCUUGGCCGGCAUGGCGCGGGCUUGCACGGAGGAGGACGCGUCGCGGCGGCCGAAGAUGGCCGACGUCGUGUUCAGCCUCUCGAUGCUGGUGCAGCCGCUGCCGGUGGGGGACGCGUUCGAGAAGCUAUGGCAGCCCAGCUCGGAUGAGAACAUCGGGAUCGUCAAUGAAGUGGCGGCACGUUAG